AUGUCAAGCCAACAAUACUACCAAGGUGGUCCUCAAUACCCUCCGCAGAGCUACGGCGGAGGCUACCCCCCUCAAGGUCCUCCACAAGGUUACUAUCCUCCGCAAGGUGGUAUGCCGUAUCAACAGCCUCAAAACUACCCUCCGCCACAACCCGCGCAACGACAAGACCGUGGAUGUUUGAGCGCUUGGUAA